AGCAAAUUAUAGGUGCAAAUAUAAGCUCCCUAUCAAACACGGCCCCCAAACUGACUUAUCCUUCUUUUCUAAUCUCAAGCAGAGAACCAAGGCUUUUAUGGCAGUAGUUUCAAGUGCUCAUUCAUCUAUCUUCUCUAAAACCUCACUUUUUCACCACAUGAAUUGCUUCAAACGCUUCUCUUUUUGUUUACCCUUUUCUUCUUCUGCUGCUGCUUCUCUGUCUACUAAGAAAAAAUGGAGACAACCAGUGGCUUCCUCAGUGGUAGAGCUUUGUGGAAUCAAAAUUGCUAAGGAUGAUGUGGUGAGGGAUGACCCAACAAACAACAUUCCGGACACAAUUUUUUCAAAGCUGGGAAUGCAGCUCCACAGAAGGAACAACCACCCUCUUGGGAUUCUGAAGAAUGGGAUAUAUGAGUAUUUCGAUACUAAUUACCCAAACAUGUUUGAUAAGUUUGAUGAUCUCUGCCCAAUUGUUUCAGUGAAACAGAAUUUUGAUGAUGUCCUGGUGCCUGCUGAUCAUGUAAGCAGGAGCUAUAAUGAUACAUACUAUGUUGACUCUCAAACUGUGUUGAGGUGUCAUACAAGUGCUCAUCAAGCAGAGCUGUUGAGAAGGGGACACACUCAUUUCCUUGUAACCGGCGAUGUUUACCGCAGAGAUUCAAUAGAUUCUACGCAUUACCCUGUGUUUCAUCAGAUGGAAGGUGUUCGUGUUUUUACUCCAGACAAUUGGGAGGCAUCCUGUUUGGAUCCCACGUCAUAUGCAGCUGAGGAUUUAAAGAAAAGUCUAGAGGGCCUGGCUCGUCACUUAUUUGGUGCUGUGGAGAUGCGUUGGAUCGAUGCCUAUUUCCCAUUUACCAAUCCUUCUUAUGAACUUGAAAUCUAUUUUAAGGAGAAAUGGAUGGAGGUUUUGGGUUGCGGAGUGAUGGAGCAGGAAAUAUUGAAAAGUAAUAGUAGAUUAAACAGUGUUGCUUGGGCCUUCGGACUUGGAUUGGAGAGGCUAGCAAUGGUUUUAUUUGACAUACCGGAUAUUCGGCUUUUUUGGUCAAUUGAUGAGCGAUUUACCUCACAGUUUUCAGAAGGCCAAAUGGGAGUCAAGUUUAAAACCUUUUCAAAGUAUCCUCCCUGUUAUAAAGACAUGAGUUUCUGGAUCAAUGAAUCGUUUACUGAGAACAAUUUAUGUGAAGUUGUAAGAGGAGUAGCUGGGGAUCUUGUUGAAGAGGUGAGUUUGAUAGAUAAUUUUACCAACAAGAAAGGAAUGACAAGUCAUUGUUAUCGGAUUGCAUACCGGUCCAUGGAGCGUUCACUCACAGAUGAGGAGAUUAAUGAGCUGCAGUGGAACGUGAGAGAACAGGUGCAGAACAAGUUAAAUGUUGUUCUAAGAUGAUUGUUAUCAAUACCUACUCAAAGCUUAAACAUCUUUUUCUCUAUCUGAAUUAUGGAUAUUGCAUCUUGAAUUGUCAUACAACACAGAUUUCUGUUAUUUAUUGCUAUUGUAAGGUUUUAAGCCAUUUAAGUCAUGGAAAAUAUUUGAGAAUUCUGUAAUUGUAUGCUAUUGGCUUUGCAUUGACAAUGAGUAUUUUUUCAUCCUCCAUCUAAUAAUAUUGGAUUAUACACAUUGUUAGUUUGCUCUGUGAUAAGGAUCUUUUUGUCAUUCAUCCUAAUUUACUUCUUUCACUCAACCUUUUUGCCUUCUUUUUCACCUUUAGAGAAAUAGAGAACACUGUUUAGCAAAAUGCAUCAGUCCAUAUUUGCAGAAAUAUUUGCUGGAUUAUAGAAACCAGUUAUGUAAGCAUUAAGUUAUGGAAAGGAAAAAAUGGGCAAAGAAUUGAAGAUUUACAAUCAGGAAGAAAGAAUUCUGUGCACCUAGGGUUUUCUAAAGAUGGGCAUUGUAUUGACUAUGGAGAAAAGAAAAUUAAUGCGAAAUUUUUACGUACAAUGGCAAAAGAGAAAUUCUAAGAAGUUGAUGCCAGUAACAGUCAUGUUUAAUUUAAACAUGGUUAGAGAAGAAACCUUUGAAGAG